AUGAACACACGUAGGGCACGGAACUACAGACGCGUCUCCCAAGCUUGCGACAAUUGCAGGCGAAAGAAGGCGAACCGUCUUACCCAGCUGGAAGAGAAGCUCGAUAGGAUCAUCAGCAGGGUAGAGCCCCUGGGGACACAACAUGUUACCCCCUGUUCAGCCCCCGGUGUAGAGUCAACGACAUUGGCCUCUUCACCAUCGUCAAUCUACGCAUCCCCCACGUCGCUGUUAUCAAGAGAGACCAUCACAAGAGCAAUCGAGAUCCACUUCACACGGAUACAUCGCCAGCCACUCUGGUUGUUCGACACCGAGUCCCCACCAACACCAGGCUCCAGCGUGGAACUCAUCUGUGUCAUCCUGGCGUUGAGCGUGACCUAUGGUGACGCCGGACUCUCCGACACCGACUUGAGGAGUCCAGUCUUUUACGGGAACACUUCCCGAAGAUUGAUCAUGCUCAAGGUCGCUGAAGGGAUUGUCGACUUGCAGAGUGUUCAAGCACUCUCUGGCGACGUCCCCCUGGCUGGCCUCAACACUACGCUGGCAAAGAACAUUUUACAGUACUUGACCCUUGGCCACCAAGGUCAGAACAACUCCUCAACCACCGAGGAGCACUCCAAAUUAUUUUGGAGUAUCAAUCUUAUAGAUGCAUGUUACGGACUGCCAGUCCUCUCUCCCACCUCUUCCGCGGACGCCCAAAACCCUAACUACUCGACUAUUCAAACAUGGAAGGCGUCCGUGACCUGUUCCCCGUUCCCUCAACAAUCCCAACCUGGGGGAGAACAAACCCUACCCCAUAUUUGGUCUCACUCUACGCGAAUUAGCAGUCUAUGGGGAGCGGUUAGACUCUACAUAUCGCGGUGCUUCGAAGAUGCCAUCACUGCUCCCUGGCAACCGACCUCGGACUACGCGGUACUCUGCUCAGAUAUUCUGGAAUUUGAGACGUCAUUUCCUGUCUCGCUGAGCUACAACAUGGUAAACUUCCCGGAACGUUCUCCCCAAGAGAUUCGAGAGAGGCGAGCGGACUGGCUGCCAUGGCUCAGGCUGCAAGUUACUUACCACGCCAUUCACUGCGUUCUAAAUCACCCGUUUCUGUACUCGCCCGAGUCUUCCAAACAGAGAUUGGGGUCAAACACUUUCUGGAGGGGAUCUUUUGAGAAAGCACUCCGCCAUUGCACGUGGAUCUCCCGAUUGAUAAGGGUUGCCAACGAGAAAGGCCUCGAACUGGCAGACCCGUUCUUCGCCCAGGCGGCAGCCAUUGCUGGAACGCUACAUCUGUACUGGACGCGCAGCAAUGAUGAUGCCUUGAAGAACUCGGCGACAAGCAACUUGGAGAUUUGUCAGGGACUUAUUGUUCAGAUGGCUGCGCAUUGGCCGCUUUGUGCGACGAUGUCGCGCGCCCUGGAGCACUUCAUUGAUCUUGUGAGUGCGUCGAACGGAAAGGAAGCGGAAGCAGCUCCGGUUGCAGCGAAAAAGUCAUUGAUGUGGAUGAUCAUGGAUAUCGCCGCUCCACAGUUCCCAGCUUACCCCGGUGAAGCAUCAAACGACAAAGACCUCUGCGAGACAGGGUUCAAUGAUGAUGAAUACAGAGCAACAAAUGAGUCCGAGAUACACUCUUCUCCAACCGAUAUGAGGGAGUCCACAGCACACUAUGCUUCGCCUCCAGAAUGGCUACCGUCAAGAUCGGAUUGUCCCACUGCGGAGUCCCGCACAAGAGAGUCGUUGCAAGAGCAAAGGCAUGUGGCCCCUUCCGGGUCUAUUGAGGAGAUGGGAUAUGAUAGGAACAGUCUUGAUCUACUGUGGGGGCCUUGGGAGCAGAUGAUGCGUAUGAGCACGAACCCUAUUACUGACUUGGACUGGUGGGACAUGAGUAAUCUGUGA